CCGCGGGGCGCCGGCAGCGCGUUCGCCCGCGGCGCGGAGGAGCCGGCCAGCCCCGCCCCGGCCCGUCCCAUGGGGAGAGGCGAGCGGCGGCCCGGGCCUGGCGGCGGGCUGCGGCGGCGGCGGGUGGGCUGCGAGCUGCCGGGCCGGCCCCGCGCCCCGCGGCCCCGCCGCGCCGCUCCCUGAGGCGGCCUCGGGCCGGCGAGCGCGGCCGAGCGGAGCGGAGCGGGCCAUGCCGGAGCAGGCCGUGCCGCGGGCCGCUCCUCCAGUUUGAAAGUACCUCUGCUCUGCCGACUUCUCUCCUUAAAUGGUUGUCGCUUCCCACCUCCCACGGAGGGAUGAGUUAGGCUGCGAGCUGGCGCCGGCUCGGGUCCCCGCGCGGAGCCCUCGGUGAGCCCAGGUUGAGAGAGCUGCUCCCCGGGCUGCUUCCCUCGCCCUUCCCAGGCGUGAGCACGGCACAGGCAGCACCGAGAAGGGCUUCCCCUCGUCUCCAGGACACUCACUUCUGCCUCCUGUUCCUUUUGUACGGACAAAAGAGGACGAGCCAAAGCCCACCAGGCUGCACAGAACUCGGGCUGACCCGGGGAGGAGGCUGCGGGGUCUCAGCCGCCCCUUUGCUCCCCAGGAUCCUGCCCGUGGGCCGAGUUUCCCGCGGAGGAGCCUCAGGAGCCCUCGAGGGGCUCAGUCCCGGGGAUACUUCGGCUCUUUGGUUUCCCUUUGAACCCUUGGGCGCCAGAAGCUGAAGCCGUCGCUGCCGACCCCCCCCCGUUUCUUUCCCCCAAGCAUGUCAGAAAGCUGGCAGCAGCCCCAGCAGCCGCCGCCGCCGCAGCACCACGCCGGGACAGCCGCCCUCCCGGAGCACUCCAUCCCCGCCGGCGCUGCCGACAACCCCCUGGGCUGCGCCGUGUACGGCAUCCUGCUGCAGCCGGACCCCGCUGCCCUGCAGCAGCACCACCAGCACCCCCCUCUCCAGGCCGGAGAGCCGGCGCACAAAUGCGGCGUGUGCGGCCACGACCUGGCCCACCUCUCCAACCCCCACGAGCACCAGUGCUUGCCGGGCCACGACCGCUCUUUCCAGUGUACCCAGUGCCUGAAGAUCUUCCACCAGGCCACAGACCUCCUGGAGCACCAGUGCAUCCAGGUGGAGCAGAAGCCCUUCGUCUGCGGCGUCUGCAAGAUGGGCUUCUCCCUGCUGACCUCGCUGGCUCAGCACCACAACGUCCACAACGGCAACGCCAUGAAGUGCUCCAUCUGCGAGAAGACCUACAAACCCCCCGAGGCCGAGCACCCGCAGCCCCUCGACCCUUCGGAGAAACCCUACAGCUGCUCCAUCUGCCAGAAGACCUUCAAGCACCUCUCGGAGCUUUCCCGGCACGAGCGAGUCCACACGGGCGAGAAGCCCUACAAGUGCACCCUGUGCGACAAGAGCUUCAGCCAGUCGUCACACCUGGUGCACCACAAGCGCACGCACAGCUCGGAGCGGCCCUACAAGUGCGCUGUGUGCGAGAAGAGCUUCAAGCACCGCUCGCACCUGGUGCGCCACAUGUACGCCCACUCGGGCGAGCAGCACCUCUUCAAGUGCGACGCCUGCGAGCUGCACUUCAAGGAAUCCUCGGAGCUGCUGCAGCACCCCUGCACCCCCGGCGGCGAGCGGCCCUUCCGCUGCGGAGAGUGCCAGAAAGCCUUCCGGCGCCCCUCGGACCUGCGGCAGCACGAGCGCACGCACAGCGAGGAGCGGCCCUUCAAGUGCGACCUGUGCCAGAUGAGCUUCAAGCAGCAGUACGCCCUCAUGCGCCACCGCCGCACGCACAAAGCCGACGAGCCCUUCAAGUGCAACCUCUGCGAGAAGGGUUUCGUGCAGCCCUCGCACCUCCUCUACCACCAGCACGUGCACGGCAUCGAGAACCUCUUCAAGUGCAACGUCUGCCAGAAGGGUUUCAACCAAUCCUCGGAGCUGCUGAGGCACAAGUGCGUGCAGAACGCCGAGCGGCCUUUCAAAUGCGCCGCCUGCAACAAGGCUUACAAGCGAGCCUCGGCUCUGCAGAAGCACCAGCUGGCCCACUGCGCCGAGAAGCCCCUCAAGUGCACCCUCUGCGAGAGACGCUUCUUCUCCUCCUCCGAGUUCGUGCAGCACCGCUGCGACCCGGCCCGAGAGAAACCCCUCAAGUGCCCCGACUGUGAGAAACGCUUCAAGUACGCCUCGGACCUGCAGCGCCACCGGCGCGUGCACACGGGCGAGAAGCCCUACAAGUGCCCCUCGUGCGAGAAGGCCUUCAAGCAGCGCGAGCACCUCAACAAGCACCACGGCGUGCACGCCCGCGAGCAGCAGUACAAGUGCAUGUGGUGCGGGGAGCGCUUCCUGGACCUGGGCCUGCUGCAGGAGCACAGCGUCCAGCACACGGCUGAGGGAGCUUACCAGGUGGCCACCUGCUUGCCAUGAGCCUUGCUCGCCUCUGGUGGUUUUUUUCCCCCCUUUACCCCUCCAACCUCUCUGUCUCCCUCACUCCUCCCAGCUCACCCGUCGCCGCCUCCCUCCCCUCGAGCUCCCUGGAGUCUCCCCUCGGCCUUGGCUGGGGAGCUCGGGGGUGAAAGUCGUGGGGGGAGGUGGCAGGGAGCUCCCCUCUGGGCCUCUGGGGUCGAUGUGCUGCACCACUCAGUGCAGAGGGUGUGAAAAGCUCGAAGGGGUAGAGAGGAGGGAGGUGUGGGGGUGAGGAACUGUGGUUUGCCCAGGGCUCCCCCUGGGCUGUGGGUUGUGCUGUAGCUGCAGUUCAGUGCCGGGGGCUCGGCUGGCCUGGCUGAGCAGUGGCCUUUGCCCCCUGCCCUCCUCCUGGUGAGGGCUCAGGGCUGAGGCAGAGCCAGCUCUGCCUUGCACUUGCUGCUGCCUGAGGAAGCAGCAGGUUCCCGCUGCUGGCAUCUCCCAGGGGGCCCUGGCAGACCCUUGGCCUUGCCCGACCUUCCCCUUGCUCUCCCUCUUUCUAGAGCAUAGAAAGGGAAAAGCCAUUGGGGCUGCAGGGCUCCAACAAGCACUUUGGCGUGGCUGCUUUGGCAGGGGCUGCCUGGCACCCUCUGCCAGCUGAGCCCAGCUGCCCCACGAGCAGCCGAGGGCACCCUCCGGAGCCCCUUCCCCAGGGACACAGCUCUCCUGCCAAGGCUGACCUCCAGCCCCUCUGGGGGGGCAGGCAAAGGGCUGACCCAGCCCUUCCAACACUAAAGGCUGAGGCAACACUACUACUGAGCCCUGGUGUGUGCCAGGGGCUGUGUAGCAGGAGAACCCUUCCUGGCCCGUGGGCUGGGCUCCACGGGGAGGACGAGGGCAGCAGUGGCUAAAGGAGAAGCCUGUUUUGUUUCCCCACUCACAGGAGUCCUGGUUUAGCCCUUUUUUUCUCCCUUUGCCUCUGUAUUUUCCCAGGUUUUUGCACAGUCCUUGCAAAAGUCACAGUGAAGUGCCCCUGGCAAGGGCCACACGGCCUCAGCUGUGUUCCUCUGGCUCCUCAGGACCCACACAGCCCCUCCAUGCCCAUCACGUGCCCCAGAGGCUGAAGGCACGCUCCCUAAGCUUGCCCCACAGCCCUCCCCACUCCCUCUUGGGAAGGAGACAGUCAGGUGUUAAACAUCCAUCUGUGGAGAGCCUGAAGCCCUGCCUGGCCAUGCUCCUGGGGCACCCUGCCAGAGCUGCCCCUGCCCCAGCUGGGGUUGAGGGCUGGAUUUGGGCUAGUUGACCUUGCCAGCCUCAGCAGUUCUCUGCUCCUGCCUGGCCCCCAGAGUGCUGGGAGCAGCCACACUUGGGGAACAGCAGCCCACUCAGUUGCCCAAGUGACCAGGAUGAGUGUCCUGACUCCAGGGCAUAUACAGAGACUUGGGCUGGGGCUGCUUUGCUGGCAAGGAGAGGAAAAGGGGCUUUGUUUCCCUUGGCAGCACAGUGAGGGGGAACAAGGGGGGUGUUUUAGGGGGCUGGGACAGUCCAGUCACAGCUCCUCGAGCUGAGGAGGGUAAAGCAGACUCUCUGCUGCCCAAGCAAGAGGGACUGAUGGUUGUCUUGAUGCUGCCUCAAGGAUGUAGAAGCUCCUGCCCAGUUUUCUGGUUGCAUUUCUUUGUCCCUUUUCCUUUUCUUUUCCCUUUUUUAUUUCCUUUCCCCCCUUUUUUAAGCAGUUUGUUGCUCCUCAUUAAAGUGCUGUUCUAGUUUCA